AUGAACCUUGAAGCCAGACAUGAAGACGGAGACGAUGUUACGGCAGUCCCUGCCAUUGGAGAUAAUAACGCUCCAGUAGACGGGGCCAACCAAAAUGUCCUUGUAGAGGAGGAUGACGAAAGUGACAAUAGCGAGGAGGAUGAAGAAGACACAAUCCCUCGAGUUAUUGAAAAUAUAGAUGAUCCUCGUCGCAUGAAAUUGACACAAGAGGAGCGAGUGUGGGCCUUGGAAAUCAAGGAAAUGAUAGAAAAUUCCCCAGAGCUCGACACCAAAUACAACGAUUUCAUGUACGCCCAGAUGGCGAUAAUUACAAAAGGUGAUUUGGAGGAUGCAAUGAACCGAGCACAUGGUUUACAAGAUUUUCGGAGAGAGUACAAAAUCCUAGAUACCUUGGAACAAGGACACAUGUGCAUGAAGAAGUUUAUCGAAAUCCUUCCUCUCCAUUGGCUAUCAUUCAGCUUCAGUCCCAGUGAAGGUACCUACAUCCUAGUUCAUGAUGUGAGCAAGAUAGAUACGAACCUUCUCAACACAGUCAGCAAGGUGGAAACUUGGAUGGCAGCAUCAUAUUACUUGCACACAAGUUUCUCUGCAGAUAUGGCGUGCAUUCGAAGGGGCUGUAUUUCCAUGGCUGAGUGUGAAGGCAUGGACUGGACCAAGAAGCAAGACUUCAAGCUAAUUCAAGCUAUGAUCUCUCAGCUUUUGACAGUGUACCCAUUUAUUGGUGAAUUCAGAGGAUUUCAUACUGGAACUGUCUUCAAUGUGUUGGCUUCCAUACUACGCCGAAUCCUUCCUAGUGAUUUCAAAGACACCUUCCGAACUGGGUACAGAUUUGAAGGCAGGCUGGACUCCUUUUAUUUGAUUCCAGAUGUGCCCACAGCAAAUCGGCGGCUGAUAUCACGUUUGUGUGAAACCCUCAAACGCCGGUACGACAAUGAACAAAACUUCUUCCUGACUGAAGAAAAUGGUGCUGUCCAGGUUGCUAGAUAG